AUGCCGGGCCAACCAUCACUACUACCAUCAAUACCCUCAAGAAAAAUAGGCUCAUACAUGGAAUCCUAUCCAUCGUCCGUCUUAUUAAACGGCUACACACCAAGCCCAAGCAGCUCGGCCACCAGCAUAAAUUCUAUAAACUCAUACAGAGGCUUACCACCGCAAAUACCAACAACCAAAAGAUACACGAACAUCCGAAGACCUUACUCUGCAGGCUUCGAUGUUCCAAGUGAAAGAAAGCCUGUUAUGUUCCAAACCAGACCCUUGCGGAGUCUAACAGUCGUUUCGGAUUCGCCUUCAAGGGAAACCAGCAUGACAAGAUCCCCGAGUCCUACGCCUAGCAAUUACAGCAUGAGUAGUUUUAGAUCUAACAGAUCCAGCAGUGUUUACCUUCCUAGAAGAGUAUAUCCACAAACGUACGAUCCAGGAAGUCAAUAUGAUUUAGAGGACAAAGAAGAAAGUCCAGUAGUGUUCGAUGCCAAUCUAACGUUCGUGUUAGGCUGUAAAGGAAAGUUGAAGCAACACGUUAGACCGGUUCCUGCUCACCAAGAAGCACAAACUGCCUCAAAUGCGUUAUCUAAUAAAAUUUCCGAUUUCCUAUCAAGAACUGAUCAUGUUAUGGACGAAUGGAAGGGUUUGGGACACAAAGAGGACGAACAACAUAGCCUUAGAAUGAAGAGAAGUCGCAGCACGAAACACAUGGGAAGAUCCAGGAGUGCUACCAAUAUUAUGAUCAAAGGUUUUCAGUAUUUUAGCAGAGCUAGCAGUUGCAGCAGAUCGUCUGUGGGUAGAGACUUGGAGGAUUGCACGGAUGCGGAAAUAGAUGAGGUAUAA